GAUGCCACCUCCUGGUUUCUGGAGGGUCAGAAAUGAGUCGGGAACAUGUGGAGGUAGAAACCUGUUGACUCUGGCCAUCUGCAGACCUGGAUAAUCCCUGUUAGCAGAUUAAAGCAGGCAGAGCGCAGGCAGAGCGCAGGCUGGUUUCUGGAGGAGACGAAGGUUUGGGAUGUUUGUUUUGUUCUGUGAAGGAAUGAGAAGAAGCUGCAGAGUUUCACUCUAAAUCUGGACGUUUUUUUGGUUGUUUUUGAUCAGGAAAGGUGGUCAGACAUGUGGAAAUCCUUUUAAUCUGAAAAACCUGAAUUCAUUUUCAGUGUCGUGGGAAAAACUUUGAUGAACUUACUGGAUUUACUCUGAAGAAUCUCCUUUGACUCAUUUUUCAGCUUCAACUGCAGAAUUAAAAAGUUGCUACAUGCAGGACGACCGAUUACUUUCCUCUGCAAGAUUAAACAAGUUAAAGGCUUUUGUUUUGAAGUGCUACAGCUUUAGAAUUGAUUAUGUUUUUGAACUUAACUAGGAGAAAAAGUGUUUUGCCCGGUUUUGGAAACAUUAUUUCAUGAACGCUUUGUGUUGUCAAGCUAACAGUGGAUCUAUUUUGGUACUGAUAUCAUGAGACAUUUCAUGAAUCAGGCUUCGUUCUCCAUCUAGCCAAUCAGACAGGAUGAUUUCGUACGUCGACUGUCUGGGCGGCGAGGGGGCGGGGCCUGGAGCGUCGUCACAAUGCUGGAACGGCGGACCCGACGAAGAGCGCGAUGAGCUUCUUCCGCGCAAGAUGGCCGCCCUGCAGCCGAAGACGGAGGGCAGCCUGAGGCGGCGCCUGCUCAGCGCCAAGAUCUACCAGCAGCAGAGCGCCAUGAUGGGGCUGAACGCCAGGCCGGCGCCACCUUCAGGUGACAGGAAGCCCCUCCCACCUCACCUUCAGGGAAACCCCUGGCUCCUCCCACCGCGGCAGCAUGUUCACCCGUCCCUCCCACUGGAGGCUCAUGGGAAACUCUUCUUCUCCCCUGAGUCAUGUGGGAAGAGUCAGACCUCGCCCCUGCAGGUGCCACGCCCCUCCUGCCCCAUCCUCAGCCAUCGGCGCCGGACCAGUUCCUGCCCCCCGUCCCCAGAACCCCGCCCCGGCUACGCCCUUCCUGCCCCCAACCUGUUGGACGUCGCAAACCCUCCAAAGGAACCACAGGUGCCACCGCAGUACCGCUACCAGCCCACCAAGAGGCACAAGACCAGAUGUCUUUGGUUCCGACGUCGCCAGGGGAAAGGCUCAAAGCAGGAAGCCUUGUCGACCACACCGCUUCUCCAGAAAGCCGGGGACAGGGACAGCAAAUGGUCCGUUCACUACAGUACCCAGAAGCCUCCGCAGGGUCUGCGCUUUAUUCCUGGGAAACGGCGGUCGGGCAGCGCUGAUGACCUGCGAGCUUACAACGGGCUGACUCAGCAUGACUGCUUCAAGCCCCGCCCACCAAGUCCCACCUUUGCUCCACUGUGCGGUCUGGACCAAUCAGAGGGCGGCGCUCACAGAGGCUGGCGGAGCAGAGGCAGAGCAAUGAGGUCCAGAGUCUUGGACUUUUUCUCUCAGUCUUGUUUUUCAGUUUGUUUCAAGUUUUCAUUUUGGAGGAGAAAGUCUUCAGCGUCUUCAGAUGAAGAUGAGAAGUUCUUCCUCCCCAACCCGCGACCCAUGACCCCACUGGUCCUGAAUCCCAUCAGUCUCUCUUCCUGCUGGGAUGAUGGAUCCGACACGGAGCCUCUUCAGCGCCUUCCAACGCCGGAGGAGAAGAUGAGGCAGCAGGCGGAGGCCGUUGCAGCUGAUAUAGUUCCUAUCAACGUAACGGGUGAGAGUUUUGACCGACAGGCCAGUUUUCGGAGAACAAUCUCUAAUGGAGACUCGUUAAACCGAAGACCUCAUAAACUGAGCCGCCGUAAAACCGUUUCUGCAAUAUCGGACGAUGUCAUCCCCAAGCCCUCGGUUCCAGUGAAUCUACCUGGCCAGUACUCAACAGUGGGUCGACUUCCUUCCUCAUCCUCCUCCUCACAUCAGCAAAACAGCAUGGAGGAGGCCAUGGAGGAGAGUGAAAGAGACAAAAAGGAGGGACCGUCUACCUCCAGGAGAAUCAGAGCCCCAAAGGGUGAGGGCAUGUCCAGCCUCAUGGCCUCCCUGACCGCCUCACCAAAUGUUGGCAAGCAGCCCAACUCCUGUCACUCGUCUUCCUCUGAGAUCGACAGCCUCCCCCGUAUUCCCACCAACUCCUCUCUGAGUUCGGAGGUCAGCUUUAACAGCACCACCUACAGGACACUCAGUGCUUCCUCAUCUUACAGCCAGUCGCAGGAUCAGCAAGGUUUCCCAAGUGAUUUCCAGCCAUUGUUGCCCUACGAUCCUAAUGUCAGAGUCAUACCCCAAUCUCCUUCUUCCUCGUCGUCUUGUUUUCCUUCUUCUCCUGUCAACUCCUGCAUCUCUGACACCCCCAGCCAAUUGCAAUCAGAGUGGUCUUAUCCCAGUGAUAGGCCUUUAAAUGACGGCUCUUCUCACUACCUCUCCUCUUCAAGCAUCGCUGAUUCUGUGUCUCAGUUUAGUUACCAGGCUCUGGCCGAUCAUACCAUGACCCAGCAAAAUGCCCAGAACUUCUCUGAUGGUGACUCCUGCAGUGGGGAAAGCUGGAGCUACAGGCCUCUUUCUCCUACCUCCAGCAUCCACAGCGGUAUCACCCAGGACACAAGAUGUGUCUCUGAAGAAGGCUGGAACUGUGAACCCCUUCUUUCUUCUGGUCGCUCCACCCCUCUCUGCAUUGACAACGCCUCCCUUUCUUCAGAGAAGAUGUCUUCAUCUCCCUUGCUGAACCGGGAGAAAAGGAAGUCCAGCACUUCAGCAUUCUACUCUCGCUCUAUGACACGCAGCAUCUCCCUACACAAGUCCAAGCGCCCACCUCCCCCGCCACUGCGCUCCGACUCCUUGAGGCGCCGGCCAGGUCGCAGCAAGGCCUCGCGUUCAACAACAAGCCCACGUCCUGACCGGAGUCCUCGUGUGGAUCGUAGCACCUUGCACACACCUAAAUCAUCUCCUCAGACCUUCCCUGACCCCUGGGUGCCCAGGAGCAAUGCAAAAAGACAUCAGAGUGGUCUGAACUGUGGGACAGUCACAACCUUCGAGCCUUUAAGUCCAAACUCCCAGAAGGCAACUUCCACUGACUCCGACCCUUCCAGUGCCAACCCAAUGAGCCCCAAAUACUGCCUAGCGCUUAACCCUGGAUAUCCAAGUUCAGAGGAUAAAGAUCUGAAACUCUCUCUCAACCAUCCACCUGACUCCUCUGUUGCUGGGCUUCAGCGCCUUGCCUCUCCAUCCAGUGGUUACUCCAGCCAGUCUAACACCCCCAGUCCUGGAACUCCAGUCUCUUCACCCCACAAUCCUUCCUCCCCUCUUACAGCAAGCCCAGAAGCAUUUUCCCUUCCUCCAGCCACCCCUUUCUUUAGCUCAUGCUCUUCAACCUCACCAUUUUCCCCCACAGCCUCUUCCCUCCCCAGGACCAGGUCUCGAGGAAAAGGGAAGCCAAAGCCUCCAGUGCCACAGAGGAAGUCAUCACUUCUCUCUUCCUCAUUUUCCUCCACCUCCUCUCUCUCCUCCUACACCUCAUCUGACUCCUUAGCCAGGCAAUCACUUCUCCCUCCUCCUCCUCCACUUCCACAGUCCUCUCCCCCUGCUUCCAAGUUCUGCUUUCAAACUCCUGAUCUUCUUCCUCCUCCACCUCCUCUUCCUCCCCCUCCACUCCCACAGUCCACUUUUCCAGUCCCUGAGUUUUGCCUUCGUGCUCCUUGUCUUCCACAUCCUCCUCCACCACCACCUCCUCUUCCACAGUCUUCUCCUACAAUCCCUGGGUUCUGCCUCUCUGUCUCUCCAGCUAUCACUUCUAUGCCUCCACCUCCUAUACAGUCUCCUUCUUCUUCUCCUCCUUCACCACUUACAACUCCUUCAAAACCUGAAUUUUGCCUCCAUGUUCCUCUGUCUUUUACCAAGCCUCUUCCACUUCCCAAUGAUCUCCCACCUUUAUCUCUACCCCCUCCUCCUCCUCUACCUAUCCCCACCCGGCCUCCUCCUCCUCCCUACUCUUAUGCUGUGAGGCAGACCUCACAUCAUUCUCUGGGCUCGUCUGUACCAUCCCACUUUGAUCCUUCGCCACCCUGCCAACCUUCUCAACCAUCUUUUGAAUUAUCUGACUUAGCCGACUCCCCUCCUCCGCAACCUUCUCCUCCAUCACCUGCUCUCUCUGAAGCUUCCUCCUUUUCCUUUCUCCCAUCAAGUCCAAGCACAUCUCCAAGGCCCCUCUCUCAUCUGAUCACCCCUCAAGCUUUGCAGUGUGUCAAACUCCGCUCGGUCAAAAACCAGGCAGUACAGCAAACCGAACAUGACCCAACUGACAGCCAACUUCACACUGAAGUUAGUGUGUUACUAACUAACGGUAACCAGACGGAAGAGACUCAACCAGACUUUGAUGCAUUAAAUGAGUCCUUUCUUGAUUGUCUUGCCAAUGCUGAUGGAGACAUGUCUCCACCUGGAGCAAAACAGGCUACCUAUAAUACAGCUAGCAGUGACACAAGUCCAUUAUUAGCCAACAGCAAUGGCCGAGUCAGUACUAAAGUAAAACAGACAGAACUGUAUUGCAAAGACCCAAUGAAAAGUGAGAGUGGGAUUUCCACUGCAGAGUCAGGUGAUACGAAGCUUCAAAGACAACAAGGCAGCUCAGUUAGCGAGAAAGACCAUGACUUUAAGCUUAGCAAAGAAAUCACACAAAAUGUCCAGGUCAAUGGGCAACAGAAUAAAGAUUCAGACAUGUGUCCCCCUAUGGCGAGUGUGAAUGUCUCCAGUCUUGACAGUCCAUGGGUAAAAAUGUGUCCUGAUGAUGAUGACACAUGUUGCAUGAAUAAUAAUAUCCACAAUCCUCCAUUAGAGCAACCUUCCUCAGAAACAGACUUCGCAAAGGAUAUAAAGAGAUUGAGAGAAAAGAAGACCAACGUAACAGAAAAGAUAAACGAAUAUGAAAGAAAUGAAAAGAAUAAAUCAGAAAUACAGAAUAAGACUGAUGUGAAAAACAAUAAUAGGGAUGUUCAGUCAAGCAGUCCAAGGAAGCUGUACUCUCCAGAGAAACCUGCCCCCCCUAAGAAGCCUGAUCUUGGCAUUCUGGGUCCCUUGACAUCCCCAAAGCCUAGAAGAGUACCAGGAGGGCCGAGUAGCCCUGGGCAUAACACAGAGUCCUGCCCUAGACCUAACACUUUAGAUUCCUUUAACAAGCAGUCCCAUAUAUCUAGCAACAUGCCAUCACCAAAGCACUUGACAAACACCUCUGACAAUUCAGAAAUACCAGGAUGCUCGAUGAACUCAAGAAACUCACCUGCCAGUUCUCCUCAAAGGCAGAAGCCACAGAUUUUGCACAAGAAGCCAGAUCCUUCGUUGACCUCUCCCAAAACAGCAAAACCAGCUUUUGCAUCCAAACACACUGGAGAGAAACUCAAAGGGACUUCAGCAAACAGUCAUACUUUAGAAACUCAGACCACAAUGGAAACCAGAAGCACCUUAGAAACUAGAGCUGGUAAUACUUACAACAAAUCCUGCAGCUCAUCACAAAUGAUCGAUGUCUAUGAGACCCAUCACUCUUCAGGGUCCCCAUCAGUGGGGAUGGGUCCCUCAGGAGUCCGUGAAACCACUUCUACCUGGACAGAAGCAAUUCAAUCUGGGGUGGCUGAGCCUCGUUUUGGUAGGAUCAUUGGGACAAGGCAGCAAGAUGAGGAGAUAACCAACCACAGGAGGUUUAUGAAGUCCUCACUUGCUGAAGAUGAAGAUGAGGAAGAGGAAGGUAGAGUGGAAGACAAGGAGAGGAAGAAAACAGUCAUGAUGAUGAUGUCAUCCCACAAAAAAGGUAAAUCCAGGAGAGUGAGGAAGAGGCGGCCAGGCCGACAGUUGUUGAUGAUGUCACCAAAAUUGGAGCCCUCUCCCUCAUCGUCAUCAUCGUCCUCCUCUUCGUCAUCAUCUUCAUCAUCAUCAGAAGAUGACCCAGAUGUGAUAAAAGAAAGGGUCGACAGGCGAAGGAAAUUCAAAGUUUGCAACCAAGAGACGAGUGACUCUGAAAGCUCGUACACUCUGAUUGGUCAGAGCAGGUUUUCCCUCAGCAGUUUGCUGUCAACUGAGAGCCUGCAGGGGGAGCUAUCACUGCCAGACCUCCUGAUCAAAGAACCAGAUGAAGAGGAGGAAGAACCAGGAAAGGAAGAGCCCCAAGGUGAUGAGGCCAAGGAGGCUAGCAGGUCUUCAGAUGACGAUGUGUUCGUCAACGUUUCGGCGGAUCAGAUGUUGGUCUCCGGUCGUCCUCGAACUACAGAAGAUCUGUUCACCAUCAUCCACAGAUCGAAGCGAAAGAUGCUUGGAAGAAGAGACUUUGGAGAACUCCCUCUGUCCUCCUCUUCAUCUUCGUCCUCUUCCCCUCCAGAGACUCCCACUGAACCCCACCUGACCCAGGCAGCAGGGUUCAGGAACCCCAGGUCAGCCAGGAGUGAGAGUUUUAAGGCUCUGCUGCUGAGGAAGGGCAGUCGAGUCGAGGCGUCUUCCAGGAUCUCGGCAGUGGAGCGCCUUUGUGUCGGUCAGUUUCCACCUCCUGCUGACCCUCAGAAGACGCCUCCUCCUCCCCUGACCUCUGACCCGUUGGAUGAUGGGAGGUCCAGCAGCUUUCUGACUGUGAACGCCCCUCCGUUAUCUCCCUGCGCGCUCUCCAUGAUGUUUGGCUGGAGGCGCCGGGAUCUGAUGCUGCUCACCUCUUCCUCACCCGUCCUUGUCUUCUCCUCCUCCCACAUGCGACCUCGCUCCCUCACUCCCCCCUGCUCCAGCAGCCGUCGGUUCGCUGGACGCUGCCGCCUCUUCGCCGCCCCCAUGACCGCCAUCUUGGAAGGGGAAAAUGAGGAGGAAGAUGGAGAGAUUUUAGUUGGAAGAGAAUCCAGUCUGAGCAUGGUCGAGGCUUCUUAACCGACACGCUGACAGAUAAAAGCAGCUCUGAAAUGUGUGGAUCAACCUGGACUGAUUAGACUGAAGCCUCCCACAUAAGCCUGGUUCCAGCCCUUAUGGGUCCCCUCAUGACCGUGGACUGAAUUCCUCCAGAACCCAAACUCAUUAGUUGUGUUUCUGUCAACAUUUUUUUAAAGUAUUGCAUUAGAAACAGUUGACGUAAUAUUCUAAAUAACUUCCUCAAUAACACUCACUUGUUGAGUUAAUGCUCUAAAGUGGAGAAGGAAAGAUCAGAUGUAGUGAACACUCCCAUCCACUGGUGGGUCUGUGCCUUACCAGAGGCACCAAACCAGAAAUAUUUUAAAAUCUGUGCUAGCUAGCAACCUCUACUUUCUGAUUAUUACAGCCAUGCGUACAUCAACAUCUGACGAAAUUAAUCUUCAGCCUGGUUGAUGGAAACACAUCAAACUUGCAUCGUCUUUUUUGUGACAUUUUAAAAGUUCACUCAGAAUAACAAAAUAACUUGGUUAUAUUUGAAAGCUUAUCAGUAAAGCAGUUGCUAACUGAUCGUUAGCUUGCAGGGGUGCAAGUGCAAAAGCUUUGAAGUAUGACUAUUUACCAUUUUUCCUGAAUAAACUCAAAGCAAUACUCAACAUACUGUAUUUUACAAUUGUAACUUUGACUCUUAACAGUUCUGGGAAUUUGAUGGAAAUGUUGAGAAACCCAGUUUCUUUUCGGAGCAUCUUCUCAGUCGGACUCUCCACUAUAAACUCUGUUUAACGUUGGACUUUAUCUGCCUGAUUUACUUUUUAAUAUCGUUUACAGUUUCCACUGAUUUUAGUUUUACUGCUGGAUGUUUAUCUUAUCUUGUGAUGAUGUCACACUUUUAAAUCCAGUUUCAUCUCCACAUGUACAGUUUAUACAUGAGAUUAGAGGUUCACUAGCGUUUCUCCUGAACUUUUCUUGUUUACAGUAUAAAAGUACAAAGCUGCACAAAGUCAACAUUAAUCUUUAAAUACCCAUAUUUACUAACCUGGAGUCAGUUAAAAUUCUAUUAUCUUUGAUUUUGAGGACAGCUGGCUGUAAAGUUUUUAUUUCUCUACACUUGGAGACAUAAAUCAUAUUUACUAUGAAUGUUUUAGUCUUUUUUUAUACAUCGUCAUGUUUAUAACAGUUUCACUGAAAUAUAUGGAAACAAUUCCACUUUAACUUUGUUUGGAUUAGAAAAAAAAAUUAUUUUUAAGUGAGAUGCUGUAAUUUGUGUUUCUGGUUUGAUUUGGGUUUUUACAGGUUGAGAUAUUUCUAAACCUGCUUUCCUCUAUUAAGACGACUGAAAUGAAUGCGAAAAUAUUUGUUUCCUGUAAAUAACCCUGUUUGGCUCUACUUUCUUAUCUUGUUUUCAUGUUUUUACCUGAUUUCUUAUUUGUAGCAUCUCAGUAAGUAAGAGUCUGUUUGACUCUCCAGAACUAGACGAAGUGGGAAAAAGAUGUUUAAUGGCUAAGAGGAUGUGCUGCUGUUCAGUUUGGGGACCCGUUUGUUUCCUCUGUGAAUGUUAAAGCAGGUUGGAUGUAAUAAAUGUAAAAACAGUUUAGAAAGGAAGGAAGCACUGUGAAGUAAAACAAAGAGAUGGAAACUGAAUGUGUUUAGAAAGAAGAGUUUAUAUGUAAGAAGAUGUUACUGAAGCAAUAAAGAAAAAACUCUG